CAUCAGAAGAAAUCUGUAACGGAAAAGUUUAUGCAUCAACUGAUAUGGGAUGUGACAAGAUCUCAGAUGAUGGGUGGAAUUAACCUUAAACAAAAGUACAAGGGAUUAAUAAAUCUGGCAACUUAUAAAAAUGCUCGACUCAAAAAUUCUGCUCAUG